AGAUGUCGACAGAUAAGUGACUGAUACAGCGGAAGAAAAGUUUAUUUUUCACACUUGUUGAUUAAUAGCCGUAUUUAAGAUUAAACUAGGCUUUGUAUUUUCUCAGAAAAGGAAACAUGGCUUACUCUGCAGACAGUCCGAAUCAACUAUCAAAAGCGUCUGGUGGUCAACACUUUGAUAGCACAGCAAUUUAUAAUCCUGAACUACAUUUCGUACAUAAGUUAUCGUCUGUUGAAACAGGACACAUGUUUUAUAUCAGCGGAAUACCUUCCAAGAAUGCGGGACGAUUUAACGUCAAUUUUGAGGGUCGACAAGGCGCCACAAUUUUUCAUAUUGGCGUCAGGCAGGACGAGGGUGUAACUGUAAGGAACACAUACUGUAACGGUAGUUGGAAUAAAGAGGAAAGGGCACUGAAUGGAAAGUUUCCUUUUCAAGCAGAUGCAUUCUUUGAUAUGAACAUUCUUGUUCAGUCGUCCGGCUUUAGGGUAGCAAUUAACAAUGAACCUAUGUUCGACUUUGCGCACAGAAUACCUUUCCAUCGCAUCGGCACCUUGCGUAUAACUGGUGAUGUUCGGCUUUGCAAGGUCCAAGUUUAAAUGCCAAAACUUUUACAGAAUGAUAAACAAAAGACGACAUUUUGCAUAAGAAUCUUAAAUUGAUCUUUAAACGUUUACUUAUUAAUAUGUAUAUUCAUAUUCUAUUGCUUAAAGAAACAAAUAGUCUAUCGUUUGUUUUACUUUUAUAUAGUUACUUACAUUUUAAUGUAGAAAAAACUUAUCUUUAUUGCUGAAAAUAGAGAGUACAA